AUGAAACAUUUGCUCCAAUAUUUCUUGCUCCUAUUCUUAAUCCCUAAAAUCUGUUUUACCAUCAUCCCUGCCGUUCACAGCCUCUGCACUAAAGACCAGCAACUAUCAUUGCUCCAUUUGAAGAAAAGCCUUCAAUUUUCUCAUGAUCCUGAUUCCGAUUCAUACCCAACCAAGGUUAUAUCUUGGAAUUCAAGCACCGAUUGUUGUUCUUGGCUUGGUGUUAAUUGCAGUAGUGAUGGGCAUGUCGUUGGUCUUGACCUUAGCAGCGAAGCUAUCAACGAUGGCAUUGACGAUUCGAGCAGUCUUUUCGAUCUUCAACACCUUCAAAGCCUCAAUUUGGCUGAUAACCAUUUUACCUAUGGUACUCGCAUUCCAUCUGCAAUUGGAAAGCUUGUGAACUUGAGGUAUCUAAAUUUAUCAUCUUGCAGUUUCUAUGGAUCAAUCCCAAAGUCAAUAGCAAACCUAACACACUUGCAAUUUUUGGACCUUUCAGAAAACCAGAUUCAAGGCAAGAUACCCCAUUGGAUUUGGAGUUUCAAUCAUCUUGAUUACCUAAAUCUUUCUUGCAACUCUUUGGUAACUCUAGAAGCUCCUUUAUAUGAUUCUGGUGUGUCAAUAGUUGACCUUCAUUCAAACCAACUCCAGGGUCAAAUCCCAACUUUCAUACCAUUUGGUUACUAUCUGGAUUACUCAAGCAACCAUUUCAAUUCUAUACCAUCUGACAUUGGUUUGACUCCCACAGCGUUCUUCUCUCUUUCAAACAAUCACUUGCAUGGGGUCAAUCCGGCAUCAAUAUGCAAUGCGGAAAGUUUUCUUAUGAGUCUUGAUCUGUCCAAUAAUUUUCUGAGUGGCAUUAUUCCCCCAUGCUUGACUGCAAUGCGCAAUCUGAGAGUACUUAAUUUAGCAAGAAACAACCUCACUGGAACUAUUUCUAAUUUUCAAGUUACUGAACAUAGUUUAUUAGAAAUUCUAGAGCUCGGUGGAAAUCAGUUAGGUGGUCAGUUUCCGAAAUCUCUAGGUAACUGCACACAGUUACAGGUUUUAAACCUGGGAAACAAUCAUAUAACAGAUACCUUUCCAUGCUUGUUAAAAAACAUGUCCACCUUGCGUGUCCUUGUGUUGCGGUCCAACAACUUCUAUGGAGGAAUUGGAUGUCCCAACACCUAUGGCACCUGGCCAGUGCUUCAAAUCAUACACCUAGCUCACAACAAUUUCACUGGUGAAAUACCGGGAAUAUUUUUGACAACAUGGCAGGUAAUGAUGGCUCCCGAGGAUGGUCCCCUGUCGAUUGUCAAAUUUCAGAUGGUUACACUUAUUGCGGGAGCACCAAUGUCGAUUGAUUAUUCUUUUAAGGAUCGUAUAACAGUUACCAGCAAAGGUUUAGAGAUGGAUCUAGUAAGGAUUCUAUCUAUCUUCACCUUGAUUGACUUCUCCUGCAACAACUUCAGUGGACCAAUACCUAAGGAAAUGGGAGAAUUCAAAUCACUACAUGUCCUUAACUUGUCCGGAAAUUCUUUGACAGGCGAAAUCCCAUCCUCAUUUGGUAACAUGCGGGUACUCGAGUCCUUGGACCUGUCACAGAACAAGUUGGGCGGGCACAUUCCACCACAGUUGGCAAAGCUUACUUUCCUUUCGUUCUUGAAUAUCUCGUAUAAUCAACUGGUCGGCAGGAUCCCAACCAGUACUCAGUUUUCAACAUUUCCAAAAGACUCAUUUACAGGAAACAAAGGACUAUGGGGACCUCCUUUGACAGUGGAUAACAAAGCAAGAUUGUCACCACCACCAGCAUUAAAUGGAAGCCUUCCAAAUUCUGGCCAUCGUGGGAUUAAUUGGGAUCUUAUUAGUGUUGAAAUUGGAUUUACAGUUGGCUUUGGAGUUUCCGUUGGGUCACUUGUGUUGUGCAAGAGAUGGAGUAAGUGGUAUUACAGAGCUAUGUACAGGAUGGUUCUUAAGGUAUUCCCACAGCUGGAGGAAAGAAUUGGAAUUCAUCGAAGACAUGUUCACAUAAAUCGAAGGUGGAGACGUUGA